AUGGAGCAUGAGAAACCCUUGGCUCUCCCAUCAGAUACAAGCAACGCUCCAGAAAACCACCAAACAAUGCAUAUAUGCUCAGAAUGUGGGAAAACCAUUGCUUGUUGGUCCCUCCUUUUGACCCACAGGAAGAUCCAUUUUCAAAGCGGAUCCAGUCAAUGUUUGGAGGGCAUCCUAAAACCUUAUAAAUGUGAGGAAUGUGACUUACGUUUUGAAAGAAAGUUAGAACUUCUGAGACAUCAGAAAAUCCACACUGGAGAGAAACCUUAUCAAUGUCUGGAAUGUGGGAAAUGUUUCUGCCUAAAAGCCAAUCUCAAAAACCACCAGACGAUUCACACAGGGGAGGAACCUUACAAGUGUUGGGAAUGUGGAAAGAGCUUUUCUCAGAACUCAAAUCUUUGGCGCCAUGAGAAUAUUCAUGCAGGAAUAAAACCUUACAAAUGCUUUGUGUGUGGAAAAUGUUUCGCCCGGAGUUCAGCUCUUCGAAGUCAUUGGAAAACACACAGAGGGGAGAAAAAUGUAAAGUGCCUCAAAUGUGGGAGAUACUUUUCCAGUAAAUCAACCCUGGUGCGACAUCAAAAAAUUCACACUGGAGACAGACCCUUUGAAUGCCCAGAAUGUGGGAGAAGAUUUAUGUAUUAUUUUGAACUUUGGAGACAUCAGAAUGGUCACAAAGGGGAGGAACCCUAG